AUUAUCAGUGGACCGCUUAAAAUUGCAUUUCAGAUUGAAAUCGUUCGGAACGAUUGUCUUCUGGGUUACAAAGUAAUUCCAAAAGAGCGGAUGUUUGUAAAGGAAAAGCGUCAAAGGCACUCAGUGCUGGGUCAAUUAGUAUAAAAACCAUCGAUUCCGUAAAAAUCAUUGUUUCUGGGACCCCAUGUAAGUAAAUGGACGAAUGAUAACAAUGAAUGAAACAACGAAACUCGAAGGACUCUCGUACAAACAGCUUCAAGCACUGGCGAUUCGAUAUAAAGUUCCGGGCAAUAUAAGAAAAAAUCUUCUGAUAAAAGUCCUCGAAGCUGUGAGGGAGGGCAAUGAUCUCGAGGUGAAUAAGAUACUGCGGGAACUGCAUCAGACUAGGAAAAAACGUGUUAAAAAAUCUACCAAACAAUUAGGAAAAUUGGUAAAGCUAAAGCCCAUAACGAGUUACGGUCCUGAAUUUAAUAAAGAUAUUCGAUUCGCUGUGAAUGUUUCUCAACCACCUCCUGGCUGGGUGAUUAACACUGGAGAAGAGGAAACAGCAACAAGAGAUUUGAAUGGCGAAGAGAAUCGAGCGCAAAUACCAAUUUAUCCGGAAUUCAAUCAAUUCUUAGGAGGAGGAAUCCAGGACGACUACUGCUAUCAUACUAAUGCCGUUGGAAAUCCCGAGAGAUCGACGAGUCCUGGAAUCGUUGAUCUCAGAAUAAAUCCCCGUAGAAUAUGCGAGUGGAACGAGAUAGACAUUCCUAGAAGGCGUAGAUUCACUGAUUUUGCUCAUCACGAGACUUCAGCGAUUGAUUACAAACAUUACAAUGGGAUUGAGCCCAGCCACCUCAUUCAGUAUGAAAGUCCAAGAUUACUGAAAAAAAUGCUUCAGGCACCAGCAGGAGUCAAUUUGAAACAACUAGUCAGCUACGAACAGUCAUACGACAUACCGACAAUGAACAAUGAGGUAUUCGAUGAUUCUGACACUUUGACAGCUGACUCUGACAUCAAUGAUAACUUCAUGGAUCCUACUCAUCACAACAACAAUUGGUUGGCCAAUAGCAACGAAAUCCUCAGAGCCUACGGUGAUCAUCGUGUGGAGCACUAUGAAUUUAAUUGCAAUGCUUCGACUGAGGUGAUUGAAAACUGUCAGAAAUGGCUGGCUAGCUCGUCGUCAAUGCUAAAUAAUAAGAAUAACAACAACGACAGCAACAACAGCAACAACAGCAACAACGAAACAGUAGACAUCGUUGAUAAUGAUUACUACAAUCAGAAUCAAGUUCAUCAUCCUCUAGGGGUUAUAAAAAGCCACGAGAAUUUGUUGUACUAUGGAAACCCUGAGGACCAGUACUACAACUUCAAUGUCAGUGGAAAUAAUGACAAUCAAUGUGAAUAUCAGCAGCAGUCGCAUCCGCAGUACGAGUGCGAUAUAAAUAUGGUUGAAGAUAUAGGACGAGUAGGAGUGGUGUACCAUCAGGACGAGGGCUUGGAGGGUGUGACUGUUCAGAAUCAUCAUCAAUGGCCAGUUGUCUAUCCUAUGCAUCAUAAUAGAGAAUCCCUGGAGACUCUCUACGAGGCAAAUGUGGUGGGCAACGUGGAGGAGUCCCCCUACGAGGAAUUCCAUAUUGCAAUCCCAGAGGACAAUUCAGGAAACGAUAGAUAUCCUCAAUACAUAAAAACUGAUUACGCUGGGAGUGGGGAAUUCACUGGAGGAGUGACUAAUGUCCAGGAAUCUGAGGCGCUGGAACAAUGGGCAAAUCUUCAGCCUCAGGAGUUAUCAGUGCCAGAUAAUGCUGUAGAUUGCUAUUGGCCACAGUGGUCUGCCUCCGAAGGAUCGAGAAUAGAGACGUCUCGGAUGAAUUAUAAAUUGGAGAAUUUGCUUAAUCUGGAAAAAACCUCCUACGAAGGAGAGCAAAUCAAGUCUGACCAGACAUCCAGCGUUUACUGCUAUACAGCGCCAAUUGUUACGCAACGGAUAUUCUCGUCUCCUUCGCCGCCUUCUCAAAUGAGUUUUAUUGAGUCUGAAAUUCAAGGCUCCAAUGGCGUGCCUUGUGGCGAUAUCCAAGCCCCGGUGAAUCAACUUGAAAAUAUAGAUUUCGUUGAGUCACAAAACCUCAAGAGUUCCACAGUCGUCAUAAAUCCCACGACAGAUCCUUACUCGAUAUGUGAAAAUAUAGAUAUGAAUGCAGCCGAUGCGGCCUCCAUUCAGAACAACAGGUGGAUCUCGGAUUAUGUGACUAUUGAGGCUGUUGAUAGUGCUCAGUGUUACAAUUGUUAAGAAGUCGUUCACUUUUUUGCAAGCCAAAAAAACAAUCCAUGCUUUUUCGGUUUUCAGAUGUUUUUUACAUGAAGUAUAUGUCUUUGAUUUUCCAGUGGAAAAAAAUGGAUGGUUAACGUCGAACGUUCUGAGUAAAGUAUAAUUAACUGUUACUCUAUUCUCGAGAAAGAUGAUCAUACGUAGAGUUUUCUUUUUGCAACAGCUGUUUUUUUCAGAUAAUUAUAUUUUCUUAUUAAUGUAAUUGGGAUAAGAAUGGAUAAUUUCUUAGCUUAUGCGUGGUGACAAUACUCAUAUGAUAUUCAUUUGUUUAUUACAGAAUCAUUUCUAUAAAAGUUUC